AUGGCAAAAAGAUGUGAAGUGACAUGGAUGAUUUUGUGGGAUAAUGAAUGGAUGAAAUGUGUUGUAUAACUCUAAAUACCAGAUUUUGGUAGAAACAAAAGAACCGUGUUAGAUAGUGUUGAAGAAUCAGAAUUGAGAAUCCAUGGGAAGUGGUGUUUUGAAGUACGGAAUCAUAGGAGUUGGAAUGAUGGGUAGAGAGCAUCUCGUGAAUUUGUACCAUCUUCGCACUGAAGGCGUGGCGGUUGUCGCUUUUGCUGACCCUCAUAUUCCCUCGCAACAACUCGCUCUUCAAUUGGGACACUCCUUCAGUUGGCCUCUCAAGGUUUUUUCAGGUCACCAGGAGCUGUUGGACAGUGGACUUUGUGAUGUUCUGGUGGUAUCCAGUCCUAACAUGACCCAUCACAGGAUUCUUAUGGACAUAAUCAAUCAUUCCAAACCCCAUCACGUACUGGUAGAAAAACCCUUGUGCACCACAAUCUCUCACUGCAAAGAGGUUGUCGAUGCUGCUAGAAAGAGACCAGAUAUUUUGGUACAAGUUGGAUUGGAAUAUAGAUACAUGCCACCUGUUGCAAAGCUGAUAGAAAUAGUUCAGGGAGGAAACCUCGGACGAAUCAGAAUGGUAUCAAUUCGGGAGCAUCGGUUUCCAUUUUUGGUUAAGGUGAACAAUUGGAAUCGGUUCAAUAUUAACUCAGGUGGUACCCUGGUAGAGAAGUGUUGCCACUUCUUUGAUCUGAUGAGACUGUUUGUAGGUUCAAAUCCUGUUCGUGUGAUGGCUUCUGGAGCUAUCGAUGUUAAUCACAAGGAUGAAAUAUAUGAUGGAAAGGUGCCCGAUAUCAUUGACAAUGCGUAUGUUAUUGUUGAAUUUGACAAUGGUUCUCGAGGAAUGCUUGACCUUUGUAUGUUUGCCGAAGGAAGUAAAAAUGAGCAAGAAAUAUCUGUUGUAGGAGAUAUUGGAAAGGGAGAAGCCUUUGUUCCUGAGAGUGUUGUGCGGUUUGGUACACGAGAGGGGGGGCGAAAUGGUGUCCAGACUUUGAAAGCUGAGGAUCAGAGAAUAAAAUAUGAUGGGUUACACCAUGGAUCUAGCUAUCUAGAACACCUUAGCUUCUUGUCUGCAAUCAGAGGCAGAGGAGAAAAGGGUCCAAGUGUAGAUCUCCAAGAUGGAUUAGUAUCUGUUGCUAUAGGAGUUGCAGCACAGCUCUCUAUAGAAUAUGGUCGAUUUGUUACUAUUCAGGAAGUUAUGAAUGAACACUUGGAAGUGAAGUAAUGGCGUUUCUGCCGUUGUAAUCUGAAAUAGAAUGUAAUGAGUGAAAGCUGAAAGCUAUGGCCAAAUAAACAAUUACAUUUUUAAAUCGACACUCUGAUGUAUUAACCAAACAAGUGCUUUUGUAAUGUUGUCGGUAUGAUGAAGAAAAGAACAAUUAAAGGUAAUGGUCAUUUCAUU